AUGGAAAAGUUAAAGAGAAUGUACUCUGAAUGCCCAGGCAAGACAGGGGGGCGGGGGCGGCCCCGACAGGCCCGCCGCCACAAGACAUGCCCCAGCCCCCGGGAAAUCAGCAAGGUCAUGGCUUCCAUGGCUCUGGGUAUGCUGAACGAGGGCGGCUGCAGUGAAGAUGAGCUGCUGGAGAAAUGCAUUCAGUCCUUUGACUCGGCUGGCAGCCUGCGCCGCGGGGACCACGUUCUCAACAUGGCACUUGCCAUGCACAGCUGGGUGCUGCCUUCUGCCCACUUUGCUGCCCGUCUGCUGACCUUAUAUCCUCCCGGGGCCAUAAGCAGUGGGUGGAGGGCGGAGGACAGAGAUGAGGCCACAGGGAGCACGCAGGAGCUGAGACGGCUGCAGAUCUGUCACCUGGUCAGGUACUGGCUGACCCAACACCCUGAGAUGAUGCACCAGGACCCCCAGUUAGAAGAGGUUAUAGGCCGCUUCUGGGCCACUGUGGAGCAGGAGGGUAACUCAGUCCAGCAGAGCCUAGGAGACUUUUCCAGUCGGCUGAGCCCGGGUGGCCCAGGCCCCCCACACCCCAUGAGCAGCCCAGGCCUGGGCAAGAAGCGCAAAGUGUCCUUGCUUUUCGACCACCUGGAGACUGGGGAGCUGGCAGAGCACCUCACUUACCUGGAGUUCCGGUCCUUCCAGGCUAUCACACCCCAGGACCUGCGGGACUACGUUUUGCAGGGCUCUGUGCGGGGCUGCCCGACCCUGGAGGGCUCCGUAGGUCUCAGCAACAGCGUGUCCCGCUGGGUGCAGGUCAUGGUGCUGAGCCGUCCGGGGCCUGCACAGCGAGCGCAGGUGCUGGACAAGUUCAUACACGUGGCACAGAGGCUCCUCCAGCUACACAAUUUCAACACGCUGAUGGCAGUCACAGGAGGCCUCUGUCAUAGUGCCAUCUCCAGACUCAAGGACUCCCAUGCCCACCUGAGCCCUGACAGCACCAAGGCCCUGCUGGAGCUGACAGAGCUCCUGGCAGCCCACAACAACUACGCCCGUUACCGCCGCACCUGGGCUGGCUGCACGGCCUUCCGGCUGCCUGUUCUGGGAGUGCACCUCAAGGAUCUGGUGGCCCUGAAUGAGGCGCAGCCUGACAGGUUGCCUGAUGGCCGCCUGCACCUGCCCAAACUCAACAGUCUCUACCUGCGGCUGCAGGAGCUGGCAGCCCUGCAGCGACAGGAACCCCCAGGCAGUGCCAGUGAGGACCUUCUGCACCUGCUCACGCUUUCCCUGGAUCUCUUCUACACGGAGGACGAGAUCUAUGAGCUUUCCUAUGCCCGGGAGCCCCGCUGUCCCAAGAGUCUGCCACCCUCCCCCUUCAAGGCACCCCUGGUGGUGGAGUGGGCCCCUGGUGUGACACCCAAGCCUGACACGGUCACUCUGGGUCGGCAUGUGGAGCAGCUGGUGGAGUCUGUGUUCAAGAACUAUGACCCUGAUGGCCGCGGCACCAUCUCUCAGGAGGACUUUGAGCGACUCUCAGGCAACUUCCCCUUUGCCUGCCACGGCCUUCACCCACCCCCCCGCCAGGGGAGCGGCUCCUUCAGCCGUGAGGAGCUGACAGGAUACCUGCUCCGGGCCAGUGCCAUUUGCUCGAAGCUGGGCCUGGCCUUCCUGCACACCUUCCAGGAGGUCACCUUCCGCAAGCCCACCUUCUGUGACAGCUGCAGUGGCUUCCUUUGGGGUGUCACCAAGCAAGGCUACCGCUGUCGGGACUGUGGGCUGUGUUGCCACAGACACUGCAGAGACCAGGUGAAGGUGGAGUGUAAGAAGAGGCCAGGGGCCAAGGGCGAUGCGAGUCCCCCGGAAGCCCCUGUCCCAUCCACUCCAGUUCCCCAGGCCAGCUGUGGCUCUGAGGACCAUCUCUCCUACACGCUGUCCCUGGAACCUGAGCCUGGGUGCCACGUCCGCCAUGCUUGGACCCAGACAGAGGCCCCACACCCCUCCUGGGAACCAGAGACGGUCCCUCUGCCAGCGAAGGCCUCACCACCCACUGAGUCCUCCAAGCUGAACUCCUAG